GAAUGGGUCAAACAAUGCUUAUUGGAGCAACUUGGCCGCUGCUUCUUGCAGCACUGGAAAUCCCAUCGACGACUGUUGGCGGUGUGAUCCUAAUUGGAACAAGAAUCGCAAGCGCCUCGCUGAUUGUGCCGUUGGGUUUGGCAGGAAUGCCAUCGGUGGCCGCAACGGCAGGAUCUAUGUGGUCACCGACUCCUCCGACCCCCAUCCCGUCAACCUCAAACCCGGCACUCUCCGCCAUGCCGUUAUCCAAGUGGAGCCCCUCUGGAUCGUCUUCGCACGUGACAUGACCAUCAAGCUAAAGGCGGAAUUAAUAAUGAAUUCCCAUAAAACUAUCGAUGGUCGAGGAGCGAAUGUUCACAUUGCCGGUGGACCAUGCAUCACCAUUCAAAACGUGAAGAACAUCAUCAUCCAUGGCAUAAGCAUCCACGACUGUAAGCAGGGAGGGAACACCAUGGUGAGGGAUUCCCCUGCCCAUUACGGUUGGAGGGGUGUGAGUGACGGCGAUGCCAUUUCCAUAUUCACCGGAAGCAACGUGUGGAUUGACCACUGUUUCUUCUCCAACUGCUAUGACGGCCUAAUCGACGUGAUUCGAGGAUCAACAGCGAUUACCAUAUCAAACAACCAUAUGACCCGCCAUGACAAGGCCAUGCUUUUUGGUGCCAGCGACGCCUAUACAGAGGACAAGAAGAUGCAAGUGACUGUGGCUUUCAACCGAUUCGGGGAAGGUCUUGGCCAAAGAAUCCCAAGGUGUAGGCAUGGGUAUUUUCAUAUAUUGAACAAUGACUACAAGCAAUGGGGACAGUAUGCAAUUGGAGGGAGUGCUGCACCAACCAUUUACAGCGAGGGAAACUUGUUUUUAGCUCCCAACAACAGAUUCCACAAGGAGGUUACCGCCCGUCAAAAUGCAGCUGAGAGUGAGUGGAGGAAGUGGAAUUGGAAGUCAAAAGGAGAUAAGCUGGUGAAUGGCGCAGACUUCAGAAAUUCCGGCAAUCAAGCAUCCGCAAUCUUCAACGUCACAACGAACGUGGGAGCAAGACCAGUCUCGCUAGUUGGCUCCAUAACUCAGCACGUAGGUCCACUCAAUUGCAGGACUGGCUCACGCUGCUGAUUAUCUUUAACUAAUUUAGGCUCCCUCCAUACACACAGAUUAUAAAUAAGGAUUGAUUAAACAAGUAGGUGAUAGGCAAAAGUAUUCUGAAACGCCUUUUGUAUCCAUCUCCUAAGCAAAUAAAAUCCAAGUGAUGUGAGCUUGCCGGGGACUUCAAUUUUGAGGGCCUCCAACUCAAGUUCUAGAAGAUAUAGGAAAGGGUAGUGCGAUGGGAGGUCUGUGGUCAAGCUAGUUGACUCAUCAUGGGCUUGUAACCAAUCGAAAAAAUAACGUUGAUAUCUAGUUGGGAUAUCAUCUUAUGUAGUUUUAUUUAUCCUAAUAAUGAUGAAUAUAUGUCGUUAAUUAUUUCAAAA